CAUAGAGAUGUUCAACUUAUAUAUAAUUAACUCGAGUAACACGACUUGAAAUUCGUAUAACUCGUGUUUUGUAUUUCAAGUGAGCAGGACGAACGACUUUAAAUAAUUCAUUUCUAUGGCGUUAUAACUCAUUUUUCAUGUAUAUAAACGUUUAGAAAGGGAGAAGCAUCAAUACUGUGUGUAAACGAACACAGAAUACUUUUUCAUUUCUGUUUAAAAAUAAAAUACAUAUUAAUUUCUUUACAGGAGAUUUUGCUUUUAAUAUAAAAAUCAGUUAAAAUUACUAAGCAAAUUUUACAAUAAUACUUAAAAAUAACAUAUUGUUAAAAGUUGGACAAGGAAGUGCUUCCUUUCAAAUCGAGUUAUGGAGCAUCUAACUCGAUGCGUAUCGAGAUAAUAUGAGCAACUCACAUCACUAUGAUGACAGUGACAGUAAUAAUUACGACGUUUCUUUGUUUGUUUCGUAAGCUGUGAAAUAAGUUGCUAGAUUGUGAAAAAAACUGUUGGACUAUCUAGUCUCGUAAUUAUACUAAUCAUAAUUCGUAACUCAAUUAAAAGCAUUUCAUUUUUAUGUUAGAUUGAAAUAAAGGACUGUGUUAAUGACGUAAUUGUUGUAGUUUCAUAAUGUCCGACUCCAAGUCUUUCGUGAACUUCUCUUGUCAGAGAUGCUUGCAGCCUUUGAAAUUAGACGAAUCAUUAAACAACUUAGGCGAGCACACCAUUGCGGAUCUCACAUUGCAGAUAAGACGUAACAAUGAAGUGGACUUAGAACUGCAGUCAUCGAGUUUAGAACAUUACGUACCCCCAUUUCGAAUGUCCGAAUCAGGUAACGGCGCAAAUGGCUUUAUGGUAAUCUCAGAUGGUUGGGAGACGACCUCAUUAGGUCAUCAGCUACAUGUAAAGGCGACUCUAUUCGAUUUAUUGUCUAACAAUUCUGAUGUUGAUCAUCCAUUGUGUGAUGAGUGCACAGAUACAUUAUUAGAGUUGAUGGAUAACCAACUACGUCAGACAGAAGCUGAAUGGAAGGAUUAUAAUGAUUAUUUGAAAAAACUUGAAGAUGAUAAAGAAGAUUUGAAUUUGGAAGGGCUAGAGAAGGAACUGGAAGAUUGGAAACAGGAACAGGAGAGGCUAUUAACAGAGCUGUCAGCUUUGCAGAAAGAAGAACGAGCUAUGAAGGACGAAAUUGAGAUACAAGAGAGGGAAAAAGAACGGUUGGAGAAGGAGCAAGAUGUUUAUUGGCGAGAGUACACUAGGUAUAGAAAAGAUUUAAUGGUAACAGAAGAUCAAAUGAAAUUUUAUGAAUGUCAGCUCUCAUAUACACAGUCACAGCUGGAAAAGUUGAAAAAAAUGAAUGUAUUCAAAGCGACCUUCCAUAUAUCUGACUCGGGGCAGUUUGGUAUAAUAAAUAAUUUCCGACUCGGUCGUUUGCCUACCGCCCCUGUGGAUUGGUCAGAGAUAAAUGCAGCAUGGGGCCAAACGGUGUUACUUUUGUCAUCAUUGGCUAGGAAGAUAAAUUUUGCAUUCCAACGGUACCGUCUAGUGCCAUAUGGUAAUCAUUCUUAUAUUGAAGUUUUGGAAGAUCAGAAAACUCUACCCUUGUAUGGUUCAGGAGGUUUCCGUUUCCUUUGGGAUACAAAGUUUGAUGCUGCAAUGGUUGCAUUCUUAGAUUGUUUACAACAAUUUAAGGAACAAGUUGAGAAGGGUAACACUGGUUUUUGUUUGCCAUAUAGAAUAGAUAAAGGAAAGAUAGAGGAUACUGCAUCACCACCUCAUGCUUAUUCAAUAAAAAUACAGUUUAAUUCAGAGGAACAUUGGACUAAAGCUUUGAAGUACAUGUUGACGAACUUAAAAUGGGCUUUAACUUGGAUCUCAUCACAGUUUAGUGAAGAUAGAAUUGAAAGUUAAUAUUUGACUGUCAUUAUAAUAGAUUUUUUAUUUAGUGCUAUUUUUAAUAUACCUAUAUUACAGUGGAAUAUUGAAAUCAUCUGACUUUUUGUACACAAAGCAUCAAAUCAAGUUAUUACAAAAAGCCUAAAUUGUUGCUAUCAUUUUUUAAAUUAAUUGCCAUUUCAUUUGGACAAAAAAUCUAUUGUAGAAAUUAAGUGUUUGGUAUUAACCAGACUUGCUGUUGACUGUACAAUUAACAUUAAAUAUAUUAUUAGAAGAGUAAUUCUUAUUUUUAAACUAUUGUGUAUUGAUUGUAAAUAUAUUCCAACUUUUCCAUUCUUUUACGAAUUGCAAUAUAUCUAUUUGUGAUUAAUAUGAAUCAUGGUUGUAAGAUGUCACAUUUAAAUUCAGUAUUUUUCGUGAAACCUUUUGUUCCUAUAUAAAAUUGCUUUAAAAAUAUAAAAAAUGUAUGAAGCCAAAUUGAUAUAUUUAAAUAAUUUAUAGGAAAAAUCAUUGUAAAGCCAUUCAUACAAAAAGUUUAGUCUUGACUUUUUUUUAUGUAAUAACUUUUUACUACUCAUAGCUUAUGAAUAAUUUGUAAUUCAUAUUUUAUGUGAUAUUAAAUACUUAUUAAGGUCGUUUCAAAUCUAUCGGAAUAUGUCUGUGUCUUAUGUAAGUAUGUAGAGUGUGUAAAAGCUUCGGUUCUUCCAUUAGAUAUGUACCAACUCUUAU